GCGCGGGUUGAGCUAGAGGCUGUCAUUAGAGCAGAGACGCACCAGCCGACAGCAGCAAAACCUUUGAAGAGCACAGCAGGCCUACGCACGAGCAGAAAUAUGAGGGAAAUAGUUCAUUUACAAGCGGGACAGUGUGGAAAUCAGAUCGGGACGAAGUUCUGGGAAGUGAUCAGUGACGAGCAUGGCAUCGACCCUACCGGGAACUAUGUCGGCGACUCGGUGCUGCAGUUGGAGCGGGCGAACGUCUACUACAACCUGGCGUCCUCAAAUAAAUAUGUCCCCCGUGCCGUGCUGGUGGACCUGGAGCCAGGGACCAUGGACAGUGUGCGCUCAGGGACCUUCGGACAGCUAUUCAGACCCGACAACUUCAUCUUUGGACAGACGGGUGCUGGGAACAACUGGGCGAAAGGCCACUACACAGAGGGGGCGGAGCUAGUGGAAUCGGUGCUGGACGUCGUGAGGAAGGAGUGCGAGAACUGUGACUGUCUACAGGGUUUCCAGCUCACCCACUCUCUAGGUGGAGGAACGGGCUCAGGCAUGGGCACCCUGCUCAUCAGCAAGAUCAGAGAGGAGUACCCCGACCGGAUCAUGAGCACUUUCAGUGUCAUGCCCUCCCCCAAGGUGUCUGACACGGUGGUGGAGCCCUACAACGCCACCCUCUCCGUGCACCAGCUAGUGGAGAACACGGACGCGACGUACUGCAUCGACAACGAGGCGCUCUACGACAUCUGCUUCCGCACGCUCAAGCUGACCACGCCCACCUACGGCGACCUCAACCACCUGGUGUCGGCCACCAUGAGCGGCAUCACCACCUCCCUGCGCUUCCCCGGGCAGCUCAACGCCGACCUCCGCAAGCUGGCCGUCAACAUGGUGCCCUUCCCCCGCCUGCACUUCUUCAUGCCCGGCUUCGCCCCGCUGACGGCCCGCGGCAGCCAGCAGUACCGCGCCCUGUCCGUGCCCGAGCUCACGCAGCAGAUGUUCGACUCGAAGAACAUGAUGGCGGCGUGCGACCCGCGCCACGGCCGCUACCUCACGGUGGCCACCGUGUUCCGCGGCCAGAUGUCCAUGAAGGAGGUCGACGAGCAGAUGCUCAACGUGCAGAACAAGAACAGCAGCUACUUUGUGGAGUGGAUCCCCAACAACGUGAAGGUGGCGGUGUGCGACGUGGCGCCCCGCGGCCUCAAGAUGUCGGCCACCUUCAUCGGCAACAGCACGGCCAUCCAGGAGAUCUUCAAGCGCAUCUCGGAGCAGUUCUCCGCCAUGUUCCGCCGCAAGGCCUUCCUCCACUGGUUCACGGGCGAGGGCAUGGACGAGAUGGAGUUCACGGAGGCGGAGAGCAACAUGAACGACCUGGUGUCCGAGUACCAGCAGUACCAGGACGCUACGGCCGAGGAGGAGGAGAACUUUGACGAGGAGGCGGACGAAGAGAUAGCGUAAGGAACAAGCGGACAUUGGUGAAGGGAUGGCGAAAGAUUAUGGUAUGCAAUGUCGUUCAGACAUUGGUCCAGGUAGGAGGAAGAAGAAUCUCCAGAAUCCAAUUUGGGUAUAAAACCUUGACACUCGUCCAGAGUCUGUUAAGCAAAAACAAAACUUGUCUAUAAAGUUAAAUUUAAAAGAACUCUGAUAUUGACGACUGAUUCAGGAUCAACAUUUACGCUACUGGAGAAAACUCUGAUGCAAACUUAAAUUCCUUCCUACACGUUUAUAUUACACUGAUAGUAGCUACUAUUCUUCAAGUGUGUAACAUAUGUAGAUAGAGAUUUAAUUUAACUAAAUGUAUGAUAUUACAAACUAUAAGCAAAUACACCCACAUCCAUCGCAGUAUCCGACAUGCAAGUAACAAAAAAAGGAAAAGGAAAGUAUUUAACAAUUUACUCUGAACAGUGGGUUUUACUUAAUCAAAACAAAAGCGUCUUUUGUGUUUAAAUGUUGUUUGUGUUGUGUUGUAUGAAAAGGUGACUUAUUUUUAAGUGUUGACCCCAGUGGUUCAUUCCAGGGGAAAUAAAUCAAAAUGUUUGUUCUGAGCUCA